AUGAGUUCCAGUAGCGGCCUUCGCGAUGGCCUCAGCCCGGGUACCUCAACGAAUACAACCUCACGAUCGAACUCCGCAAUCCGAUCACGAACACGCCGUUUAGUCUCGUUCAAUGACGAUGAGGAGGAUAAUAACGGAAUGACACGACCGUCGUCUGCGCUAUCCUCGAGCCUUCCGUCGGAUCGACAAACUGCCCGAUCUCGAGGUGCGACGCCAUCGCCGUUCACAUCAAGAGGAGCUUCCCCCCUUCCCAUGAGUCAUCCCUCGCGAGCUACAGAGUCCGUGAAUAAUCGUGGUAGACAAAAUGGUGGGGUGGGUGGUUCUUCAGAUCUUUUGGAUGCGUCUUGGUCAUCGCUGCAGAGUCUGGCUUCCUCCGUUUUAGGGAGUGAUAUUACACGGCCAGCUGCCAAUGGUAGUCCCCGGACGCAUGCCAGGAAGCCGUCUCGUCCGGAUCCGUGGAUGCGGAAUACUUCGAGGACCAGCACGCCAGUCUCGUGGGGACCGUCAUCGCCAGGAACGCCGGAGAUUGGAUCUGGGACAAGAGAGGAGCGACAAGCGUACGUGCAGGCAAAGAAGCGGGAGGCAUUGCUUUUGGCGGAUGCAGGGCCGAGUAUUAGCGGGAACACUCGACACAAACGGCGAGAUUCCGGCGAUAAUCCGGCUCAUUUAGCCAUUGAUCCUGACCAAGACGAGGAGGCGUUGGUGUACAUACACCAUGUGCAGAAGACUGACACCAUCACCAGUGUUACCAUCCGAUAUGGUUGCCAACCAGCAAUCUUUCGAAAGGCCAAUGGCUUUUGGCCUAGCGAUAGCAUUCAGAGCAGGAAGACGGUUCUUCUACCGGUCGAUUCUUGCUCCGUGAAGGGGCGACCUAUCCGUCCUACAACAAAUACAGAUCUUUUGGAUAGUACGGAGGACCUGAAUGGGAGCUCGAUCUCCCCAGCACCAGAUGGCACCACGGACCGGAAAGAAGCGACAUCGACCGAGGUUGAAGGGGACCGGGUGUGGAAGCCCGAGUCAUGGGUGCAGAUCGAUAACUUCACAGAUCCCGUGGAAAUCGGACGUGUCCCUCGAAGGGCAUUGGGAUUCUUCCCUCGCACACGCCGGAAAUCCAUUUCUUACUCUGAUGCAGAAUCGCCAUCGACAUCCCAGGGAACAACGACCAACACAGCAUCAUCGUCUGUGUCCUCUCUUCACGAUUCGCAGUCCUCGCAAUCCACCGUCGUCCCACCAAGCCGGCCACAUGUGGAUCCGUCAGGGUCGAAAAAGCCCGGCGUCCGCCACCAGCGCCAACGCAGCAACAUCCAACUCGCAGGCCCAGGAGUAGGUACACUAGAUCGCAGCACAAUGGCCCCCGGACCAGCCCUGGAUGGCCUAAGCAAAUUCCUCUCCCAGCACCUCCCAACCCUAGCGCCCCCACCACCACCAGCCACAAACCCAGACAGUGGCGCCUUCGAAUCAACCUCUACCACACACGGUACCGCAACAAACAGCCUCGAUAAUAUCGGCGGCGCGUUCGAAGGCUGGUUCAAGAAAGUGACAUCCCGUGCAAAGGCCGGCUUCAACGAACUCCAACAAACCACCUCAAACCCAGGCAGCGGCCGGCUGCAACCUACAACGACGGAAAGCGACCUAAUCGAAAUGGAUGAUGGCCUGGAAUCGAGAAAUAAUUAUAAUCUUUUGGGAGAGCCAGGGAGGAAACCUGAUUAUAACCGUACCGGAUCAUCCGCAUCUGCCCUAGGAGAUCGCGGCAGCACCGGGACGAGCAGGACUCGUACCCCCGGUGGAUCGAGUUAUAAGGAUGACUGA